AUGUGGCUUCCGAUGAGGAAGCUCAAUAUACGAGAAAUGUUCGCAACAUAUUAUGGCUCGCUAAAAGAGUCUUUAUCUUUUAACUUGUGACUCUGGCUCAGUGAUACUGAUUAUGCGAACGCGUAGCCUUGUAGUUGUAAGGGAAAGCGAGGAACUGUAACAGAACAGGCGAGAGCACUUGUGAUUAUUCCUAGACUCACUGAUCAGGUAGCAAGAUAAGAAAAAAGUUGCUCUUCUUUUGAUGUGUCUACUGGGUAUCGUGGCAAUUAUUUCCCGAGGUAGCCUAGUUCUUUGUAGCAUCAAUCGAUAAACAGCACCUUGUUGCUUUUAGCGUUGACCUUUUAAUACUAGCUUGCUGGUUCUUGAGGUCAUUGAAAAAUGCAAUUAAGACAGCCUUUACCUCCAAACUGCUCUAAUAUUCCGACGGUCGGAUCCCGCACGCGACAGCUCCAUUUUUCGAAAAAAACAUUGGAAAUAAGCAGAAGGACCCGAAGCAUCCGCUUCAUGGCAUAGACUUGAAAGGACGAAUCCCGAUCGAUAAAGAAGACCUGGUCUACCAAUUUUCUGUGGACAAUUACACUGUUAUGGUGCCGCUUUCUGAGCCUACAUAUUUAUUAAUGUAGACAUAGACGACAGCCUCCCUUCUUUAC